AAGUUUAUAUAUACCGUAACAUCCACCGAUUUUUUCUUGAAGACCUUUUUUCCUCCUGAACCGUACCUUAAGUUCUUUUUGAAAGUUAACCCAUCCAGGUAGGUUUGACAUUGCAUUCAGUUCAUCCCACUUCCACUUCAACACCACACCUGCAACCCAUCUUGUAGCACCCAGAUCUUGUCCAGCACACGCUCCUCUCCAUUUUUCCGUCAGCAUAGCGUUUUGCAGCCAUAUCAGAACCACUUUAAUUUUCCCAUUUAUUUCACCACCAGCAAAUUAUGAGUGUUGAAACUAGCAUGUACAAUAACCAAAUAGACCCUUCAUUCCAACCAGCUCAUCUCAGAUCUGGUUCGUUUAAUGAGUUAUUGAACCUGUUUAAGCAGUCGGUAUCGUCUGAGCAGACGAGGUUGAGAUCCAGAAAAAGAAGCUACAACGAUUUGAUCAGGACCGACUCAGACGCUUCUAUCGAGCCCAUCGACAAUGUCGCCAACAAGCGUUCAAAGACAGCACCCCCACAAAGCCCUUCACCAGUGUCAGCUAAAACAGUGGAAGUCAUAGAUGUUUUCGACAAGAAUACCAUCAAAAGACCUCGUUCUUUGAGCCCCAGCAAGAAAACUAGGUCUCCUACUCCCUCUUCUCCCACAUUGCACACCAGGAAAAGCAGCAAUAAGGUCACCAAGCCUCAGGUGGAGAAGACCAAAAAGUCCAAUGUGACCUUACCUAGUUUUUCCACUGUAUUACGAGAAAACGUCGAGAACCUAAAACCCAUCACUCCCACCACUUCGUUGGAUUAUUUUGACACAUAUAAGCCCAACGAUGAAAACUGGAGAUACGGCUUGUUGGACACCAUGACCAAAAAUAAAACAUACAAUAUGAACCACUAUACGGUGUCCAACAACCACGCACGACCCGUUUUUGAUUCAAAGAUUUCAAAACCCAUCUUACCUCCCAUCAGCUUCGAGCCCGAACGCAAGAUCAACUUUCCCUACGAGUCCAACUACACGUACUUGAACCAAACUUAUCUCUAUGAUGUGGAGAAAUAUCCCGAGUACUUGGAGUUGGCAGAAUCGUUGGUGCAACUAUCCAAUUCUUCCACAAUGCCAUACCACAGAGUCAGUAAGCCUGCUCAUUUCCCACCACUUUACCCUCACCAAGUGGUGGAGCCCACCAGUCCCAAGGACAACGAGGAAGCGGCCUUUGAGAGGCAACAGCGUGAACAAAGGGCUUACGAACAACAACAUUAUCAUCAACAGUAUCUUCCUCCAUACCAAUCCUCAUACCCACCUUAUCCAGCAUUCAUGGCAUCGCCAUCUGCCACCGUGGUAAACAUUCUUCCACCAUCGGCAUAUCCAACUUACAUUCCUGAACAGCCGGUGACUCCUCCAAAGAAGCACACCAAGUUCAUUCCAAUCACUCCGCCAUCAUCGAAGUCCACCAAAUCGAAAGCAGAGCCUCUUAAGUCUCCCACCAAGAAUCAUCCUCCGAGAGUGUGUAUUUCUUGUGGCUCAGACCAGUCUCCAUGUUGGAGACCAUCGUGGAGCUCGAAAGAAGGCCAGUUGUGUAAUUCCUGUGGUUUGCGUUACAAAAAGACAUCAGCUAGAUGCUUAAACAAUAGCUGCAAAAAAAUCCCUGCUAAAGGUGAAUGGUCUUUGAUGCAAACCAAGGGUGUUACCACUUUCGACGAUGGCUCUGAGGGCUACGGAUGUUUGGAAUGUGGAAAUAAGGUUGAGGUUAAAAAAUGAUACGCUUGUCUUUUUUAAGUGCAAACGUAUAUUUUAGGUUAGGGUUGGUGUUAAUGAUUUUAUGGUAAUUAGUGCAUUUUUUAUUUUCGUGAUAUUCUUCAUUUUUCUGGGUAUAAUAAACAACUUGAUGACAAGA